AUGACGAGUCUACUUCGCAGCCGUUUGUGGACCGCAUCGCCCAUGCUGCGGCUGCGUCCGGCUGUGCCUGUGAACGGAUCGACAUACGCUACCACGGCGCGUUUGCUUUCCCGCGCUCCGUCACAGCCUUCAUCGACCAAAUCACGAGCACCUCCCUCAGGUGGCGUUGGUAGCAUCACGAUCAAAGCUGGUGUCUUGUUUGCCGGUCUCUCUGCUUUUGCGAUUGCUUUGACUGUGUAUGGAGUCUGGGAUUACUUUGCUGCGUUUCGCGUGUGGCCCAAAGAGCUACGUGAGCCACUGCGGGCCGCCGUCAAGGCUCAACGGAAUGGCAAAUGGAAGCGCAGCGAAAAGAAUUUCCGACACGCUCUGGAGACGGCCAGGAUGCUAGGUGCCGAGAAACUAGGCAAGGAUCCUCUGCUUAAGACGACAGGCAUCGCGAUCGCUCUCUCGGCUGUGCUAGAGGAACAGGGUGCAUGGCAAGAAGCGAUACAAGUGUACUUGGAUGCACUCGAGGAAGUGCGCCAGACGCAACAAGGAGCCUCAGAGCCGAAACGCACACCACAAGAGUGGAUGCGAGCCGUUGCUCUUGCUCAGAAAAUUGGUGAUAUCGCGCAGAAGCCUGGUGUCCACGCACCGAGCAUGGCUCAUGGACCCAAAACUAUUACAGAGGAGCCGUGCGAGAGUUACUUGGCCUGGAGUGUAGAGGAAAUGAUGCGCUUGGUUCGAGGUCCAAGCAAAGAACCAGUGCAUCUCGAGGACUUGCCACUGCCGCCCUGGGUAGAUCGUCAAGAUCUCGGAGCGAGCGUCGAAGCACUGGGCGCCUUUUAUGCCAGUCGCGGCAUGGCAGAGUAUGCGGUGCCAUUGUAUGUGCAGGCCAUUUCUAUGCUUUUACCAACGAGGAGGAACAGAGAUGCAGCAAAUGAUUCACCACCGCCCACAGUAGCAGAACGAUGUCAUGCUGCGAUCCUGAUGAACAACAUCAGUCAAGCGCUCACACAGUCCCAUACCGACCCGGGAACGAUGCAGCGCGCCAUUGCAUGGGCGAUGAAGGGAUUGGAUUUGGUUAGCCUUACCUCAUUCCGCGCCGGCUUCUUGAGUGAUAUGCCAUCAGAGGAGCGAGAUUGGCUGCUUCAAUUCAGUGGAUUGGAUCCACAGCGCAUCGGAGGCGUCGCCAAGACAGUAGAGGCAGAGUCCGACAUGCGUCUAGCGCAUGUCAAGCAGCAGUGCCUCGGCACGCAAUUUGUGCUGCUGUACAACCUUGGCAUGUUCUACUCCAUGCAAAAUGACAAGGCCACGGCACGAAUACUCUUUCGACGUGCGAUGCGACAAGCAGACAGAAUGCAGCUGCGAGACGCUCGAUCACAGUGUGCUAGAGCGAUUGCUAGGCUUGACCGUGAUGGCGACGCUCAGACUUAG